AUGAAAGCGGAGUGUUAUCGUCCUGGAACGUAUCAUGUCGUGGUGAACCCGGAUAGCUUCGCAAAUCUCACAGACGACAGUGAAGACUCCCAAGACGAACUCCCUCCAAUAAAAAGGACUGUCAGGCCUUCCCAAUCUGCUUCCCAUAAACGAAAUACUUCCAAGUCUCGACCUCGGUCAUCUACAGAAUCGUCAGACCCAAACGUCGUGAUAUUGGCGAAGUUUGAAGACUCCAUGGCUUUGAAUACAAGCUACUGGAAAUCAAUGCGGUCAUCCCCCCUGACUGUAACUUCCAGAUCCAAAUCGCCUGAAGAGUAUGAGGAUAGUCACCUAACGGACGCAAACAAACCAAAACACCCGAUAUUCAUUGGAUCAACCGGCAAUUUGGAGGAUGCAAAGUUACUGGGCCAUUUCAGGAAUGUCGUAUGGAAGCAUCUCGUUCAAGUGGGGCUCGGACAUAACCAUGCACAUGCUAGUGACAUCAACAUGCCCGGGGCUGAUAUCUUUGAAAAGGAAGCAGCCAACUUUCUACCUCUUUUCCAUGCAAUGAUGGCCGUUUCUGCCUUGAGCUUAUCUCGCCAGGAUCCGUCAAAGAGUAUAGAUUCACUGCAGCACUACCAACAAACACUUCCGUUUCUCCAAACAAGUAUGAGAAGUCAUCAGGAUCUAUCGUCAGAUGGAGUAUUUUUGACACAUUUUCUUCUCUUAAUAUAUGAGAUUGCUGCUGCAGAGCCAGGCGGUUCAAAUCUGUGGUCUCAUCAUAUCCAGAGAUUAAUACGAAUUUGCUAUAUGAGAGGUGCAAUACUGCAAAGAGAGCCAUUUCCUUUUGUCGUUUGGUGGAUCUGUUGGAUCGACCUAUAUGCAUUGUUCACCGGAGCCGGCACGGGUGACUUUGUGCGUAACUUACUAGCUCACGAUAUGAUACCGGCCGCUCUGUCACAGCUAUACCCUAUCGGUGAAGAUGGAAAAAGCAUAAUCUUCCCCGGAGAAGAGCACACUCUCCCAGUGAUGCUUCGUCUAAAUCGAGAUACUUUUAUCCUUGCUAUCAGACUUGGUAUCCUUGCUGCUGACUGCCGACGAGAUACCGUAUCCCAGACUUUUCCAGACGGGUCAAUCGGCUGUACUUUGCUGGGCCGCGCUGCCAAAGAGAAGCGACUUUUUGAUAUUCAGCAAUCUUUCAUCCAGCUAUGGACAACACCCCGAGUAUCUUUAUUCCAGCAACAAGUGCAUCAAUUGCCUCCCCGUUCAAAGGAGGUAUUUCAACACUGCUCAACACUCUUCAAUAGCUGCAUGGUAUAUUCCUAUAUCAGCAUGUGGCCCAACCAAGCCGCGGAGACCAGUGCCAUAUCCGCCUUGGACAUUGACCAACGCAUAUCGGCUAUCCUCUCCAUUGCCAAUGAGAUCACUAGCAUGGGCAGGUACGAUCUUCGAUUUAUCAUAUUCCCUACCUUCAUUGCUGGAGUAGCCGCUACUUCGCCUACCCAUAAGAUGAUAGCACUCGAUAUACUGUCUAAUUUCGAAGCAAACGAGGGAGUUGGCCGUAAUGUUGCCACUACUCGUCAGUUAUUGCAGACAGUAUAUCAGCAUCAAACAAACGCCUAUAUGAGACGUGGCCAUGCAUUUGACGUUGACUGGCUUGAUAUCAUGGCUAAACAGGGACUACAGUUGGUUAAUUUUGGUUUAUAA